CACACUUUAAUCAAGUGCCGUAAGCAUGACUUAAUUACAUGUGAUCAAGUUGCAAAGUCUUUGAUAAUUCAACAAUUCAAAUCGAAUAUAAUAAUUUUCUCCACAAAAAAGUCGAAUAAUACUUUGCUACUCAAAAGAUGAGUAGGAGUUCAUACUCAAAACUGUUCGUUGUUGAUUUAUAGGACUUCAUGCUUAUAAUAAUAAUUGUCAUAUUAUAAAUCAUUCUAUAAAAUCACGUUUGCGAAAAGAAAAAAAAAAUCAAUUAAAAUUAAGAUCGUUUAGUCAUCGAACUGUAUAAGAACAAAUGAACGGAAUUGGUAAAAGUAUUACGAACCGUUUAUGUAUUUGAUACAAUAGUUGACUAAACGAUCUUAAUUUUAAUUUUUCUUUUCUUUUCUUUUUGCAGACUUUAUAGUGAUUCAUAAUAUAAACGGUUCUGAUUAUAAGCACAAAGUGCUGCAUUCGAACACAAAAAAAUUUUGAGUAGGAGUUCCUACUCAUCGCUAGCAUUAUUUCAAUUUCUAGAGGUCCAUUUAAACUUGAUUAUAUCCUAUCUUCCUAUAGCACUCAUCACGUCGUUAUCUUCACCUCCAAUUUUUUCUGCCAAAUUCUAUGCUAAAGUCCAAACAGCUUAUACUAAAUUACUAGUACUUUCAUGGUUGCUCCUUUUAAGUAGAAUGGUCAAACAAAUAGUUAGACUUGCACUAAAUAGACUCUAGAUAUAUGAACUCUAAGAUGGUCACAUUUUAAUACUAGUAUUUUAAGCAUACCUUAGCUGCAAAGUCUUUGUUUAAUCAACAGUUAAUCAUAUCAUUUGAAUACCAUAUGCUAUUGCUGGUCUCUAUCAACCUGCAGAUCAUGACUUUAUUCAGCCGGCUUGCGUCUACGAUCAGCAAGGAAGUUUCCGACGUGUAAUCAACGGUUAACCAGAUGAAAACUAGUAGCCGGAACUUCACUGUCAAAACUGAAAAGUUAUCAAAAUAAAUCAUCAAAUUGUUUCCUGCCAUUCGCCUAAUUCUGUGUUCACUGUGAGCCCUUUCUAGAAAAUGGAUAAAGAUAAACUUCUUGUAAUGCUUUUUGCAAUUAUUCUGCUGUUGAUGCCAGCUGCCCUUUCUGCUACAGAUCCCCUUAUAAGUUUUUGUUCAGGUGGUGACAGAGAUAGCCAAUUUGAAACCAAUCUCGAGCGGCUACUUGAGUCAUUAUCUUCCCACACUUCCCCCGCAGGAGGUUUCUACAACGAUACGGUAGGAGAUGGACUUGACAUAGUUUAUGGACAAGCACUUUGUAGAUGGGAUGUCAACUCCACAGUUUGCCAAAACUGUGUCAAUGAAGCAAGGCAGGAAAUCUUCCAGAGUUGCAAAACAACAGAUGCAAUGAUUUGGUACGAGCUAUGUCAAGUUCGAUAUUCUUACCAGAUGUUCUUUCAACUAAUGGUUUACACUGGAAAGUAUCCGGACAAGAACAAUCAGGAGAAGAACGUAUCAAAUCCACAUCAUUUCAAUGAUAUAUUGAACUGUUUAAUGAUAAACCUCUCUGAAGCAGCCGCGUUUAGUCCCUCCAAGAAUAUGUUUGCAACUGGGAAUAUUAAAUUUUCAGGAAAGGAUACAAUUUAUGGCUUACAGCAGUGCACUAGAGACAUUUCUGCAAGUGACUGCCAUAGCUGUUUAAAUUCUGCUCGCACAGAUCUCUUGGGAUGUUGCUCUUCUCGACAAGGGGGAACUGUCGUUAGUAGGAAUUGCAAUGUGAGGUUUGAGCUGUUCCCCUUUUUUAACUAUACGUCAAAUUCUUUGGUAAUCUAUCCACAUUCCAAAGGGGACAGAUUGAAGAAUGGGAAUGCAAUUUUACUUGUUUCUGCAUCCAUAAUACUGUUAGCAGCCAUUGUCUUUUGUGCAGUCCGUCUCCGGCGCAAAAAGGGAUCAGAGGAUGUCAAAGAUGAAGAAAAAAACGAGCACGUACUAUUACAAGAUUUGGCAAGCCCCACUGGAAUCACAAUCUCAGAAGAAGGGAUGUUCAUAAUUUCUGAAGAGCUGGCCUUCAUGGAUCUAGCUACUAUAAAGAUAGCUACGAAUGACUUUUCGGAUUUAAACAAGCUUGGACAAGGUGGGUUUGGUACUGUUUACAAGGGUUUGCUACCAGAUGGGAAAGAAGUUGCCGUCAAAAGACUGUCGAAGAAGUCAUGGCAAGGCUUAGAGGAGUUCAAAAAUGAGGUGGCAACCAUUGCAAAACUUCAACACAAAAACCUGGUGCGGCUUUUGGCGUGCAGCUUUGAGGGAGAGGAAAAGCUGCUUUUGUACGAGUUCAUGCCAAAUAAAAGCCUUGAUGUUUUUAUCUUUGAUUUGGAAAGACGAGCUGAACUCAAUUGGAAAAUUUAUUACAACAUUAUUGAAGGCAUUGCUAGAGGGCUUCUGUAUCUUCACGAGGACUCGCGGCUUAAAAUCAUUCACAGGGAUUUAAAGCCUAGCAAUGUACUGUUGGACUAUGAAAUGGUUGCCACAAUAUCAGACUUUGGCAUGGCAAGGAUAUUUUGUGAGAGCCAGAACACAGCUAACACUAAAAGAGUUGUAGGAACACUCGGUUAUAUGGCUCCAGAGUACGCAAUGGAGGGUCUAUUCUCAGUCAAAUCUGAUGUCUUCAGCUUUGGUGUAAUCUUGCUAGAGAUUAUUAGUGGGAAAAGGAAUAGUGGGUUCUAUCUCACAGAACAUGCCAAGACACUCCUUGCAUAUGCAUGGAGGCUAUGGAAGGACGGAAAACAGUUGGAAUUUAUUGAGCCUUCGUUGAUGGAAACAUGCCCAACAGCUGAGGUUUUGAAGUGCAUGCAUAUUGGUCUUUUGUGUGUCCAGGAAGACCCUGCGGAGAGACCUACAAUGUCAACUGUGGUUGUAUUGCUGGGAAGUGAAUCGAUAGAUCUUCCUGAACCAAAGCAACCGGCAAUAUUUGCUGUACGAAGAGUUGCCCCAAUCAGUGAGUCUACAACUGAUCCUCCUUCAAAUGGGCUCACUCUUUCCAUCAUUUCGCCGAGGUGAACUAGCUCUGACUGGAAUUCCAUUUUGCUUCCUCGAGGCUGGUUCGGGUACUGCUUGAGGGGGCUCAAAAGUGGUUUGAUCCUAGCUCUCGAAUGGCUAUGUAUAUUGCUGAAAUAAAAACAAAAACUUAAUAACCCCCAGUGAGUUAGGAUCCUCUGGAUCAUCAAGGAAUUCAGAAAACGUACCUUGUGUAUUAAUUCUUCUUUGCUCUCUUCGUUUACCUUGUGCCAUAUUAUUUUAAAAAGAAGGCUAUUUGUCCAA